GAAAGGCUGUCUGGGAGGAAGAAGUUUGUUCCUGGUUGCACCGGUCUUAGAAGUUGCUGAAGCAGUUGCAGAGCACUACAUUGGCACUGACUCUGAUCUCUCCACCACGCUGUCGCUGGGCGCCCAAGUUACACACUGCUGAGUCAGCAAUGACAAGAGAGGAGCCCCACUUGUUGACUCCAUAGUUCCGAGCUCCCAAAAAGCCAGAAGGCGUACUUCCAGGGUAUGGUCUGGCUUGUUAAGCUGUUACAUUACCGAAGUCUUCGUGCUAACAAUGGCUUCCUGCUGAUGAACGGUGGGGCAGGGAGCGGGUAGGCAAGCGAGGAUCCUUGCUCGACACAACAGAAAGUCGAGCGUUGAGGCCCAGCCGGAGCCUGGGGUCAGCAGAUGAUAGGCAGGCGUAGGGGCAGACCCUGGAGCUCAGGAGCGGGGUCCGCGCCCCCUCCGCCGGCGCUUGCGCGUUGCGCUCCCGUUCCCCGCUCAACCCCGCCUUCAGCACCCGGGUUUUCAAAUUUGAAACCUGCUUCUUUUCCCGCCUGAACUUGUGGACCAGCAGCGGGAGAAGGCAGGGCCUCGAGCCAGCCAAUCAUGACUCAGAGGCCCUUAGUCCCCGCCCAGAAGAUGACGACAGCAAGCCCCGGGGGGCAACCCACGAAUGCGCGAGCGGCGCCGGCCUGCCCCGCCCCUACGGCGUUCAAGUGCAUGGCCAAGCCGGGAGCGCCAGGAAGCUGCUUGGGCCCUAUAGCGCUGUUCUAAAUAUCUGGCACUCCUCACUCGCUGGAAACUGAGGCCCAAAGACACCCAGAAACCUUUGGGGUCGCUAAGUGAAGCGGGGAAGACACAGUAACCCCUAACUUGGGGGGACUCGCCAAGGGACCAGACCUGAACCGGCACCAGUAUCUGGUCCAAGAGAAUCAGAGGCCGCUCCCGGCGGGCGGGACCCGGAGGGUGGGCUGUGGUUCCCCGGCGCGUUCCGAAGGGGCGGGGCCAAAGGCGGGGCGCUCCCGCGAGAGGGGCUACUGGGGGCGGGACCGGAGCCCUUAUUUGUUGCUCUGUGUCAGUUACAUUGUAACAAAAGUGGUACAGCCACUGCUCUAGCCCGCACCCUAGGCCCGCCCGCUGCCAGGUGUCGCCGAACAUGGAACGCAUGGCCAGCAACAUCCAGGUCCUGCUGCAAGCGGCCGAGUUCCUGGAGCGCCGCGAGAGAGAAGCGGAGCAUGGCUACGCAUCGCUGUGCCCGCACCACAGUCCAGGGCCCAUCCACAGGAGGAGGAAGCGACCCCCACAAGCUCCUGGCGCGCUGGACAGUGGGCGAUCUGUGCACAAUGAGCUGGAGAAGCGCAGGAGGGCCCAGCUGAAGCGGUGCCUAGAACAGCUGAAGCAGCAGAUGCCCCUGGGGGCUGACUGUGCCCGAUACACCACGCUGAGCCUGCUUCGCCGAGCAAGGACGCACAUCCAGAAGUUGGAGGAGCAGGAGCAGCGGGCCCGGUGGCUGAAAGAGAAGCUGCGCAGCAAACAACAGAGCCUGCAGCGGCAGCUGGAGCAGCUCCAGGGGCUGCCAGGGGCAGGGGAACGUGAAUGUGAGCGGGAGCGGGAGCGGCUGCGGGCGGACAGCCUGGACUCCUCAGGGCUCUCCUCUGAGCGCUCUGACUCUGACCAAGAGGAGCUGGAGGUAGAUGUGGAGAGCCUGGUGUUCGGGGGUGAGGCACAGCUGCUGCAGAGCUUCAGCGCAGGCCAGGAGCACAGCUACUCACACAACCCUGGCAAUUGGCUAUGAUGCUCACUGCCCCGACUGCCCUCCGCUCACGCUGGGCCGAUCCUGCCACGCGGGAUCCUUCCCCAAGCCUCGGGGGCUGCUCGGAACCGUUUAUCUGUCAGAAUGGACUGAAAGGACAUGCAUAUGGGAACAGGUACUCCCUGGACUUUGCUGCUGGCUACCAGGUGGCCCCUCCUGUGGGGAUGGGGGAAGCACCUGGGCCACCCCAGAGCCCCGCAGGGCAGGCAGCUUGGGCCUUCCAAGCAUUAAGGUAGCACUUGCUUGCGCUGCUCCCACAGGGGCCGGAGCUUCAGACCCUCAUGUGCUCUCCCAGACAAGGCCCCUGACCUUCACCCCACAUAUACUGUACAGUAUUUUCAUUAAAAGCCUCUUUCAUAA